AUGGAACAACAAUACACGGCGAUGAAACAGCAAGCCUCCAGCGUCCAGGGUGAACCCCGCAAGACCAACGGAAAGUCGGUGCGCGUAGCCUUUGGCCCGGAUUUGGAGACGCAUAUCCCCCCGCGCGAGCGCUCCCCUGCACCGCUCUCAGCACACCACCGAUCCUUCACCUCCAUCGACCACAAACCGCCACCACCUCAGAAUUCGGCCCGACCGACGACAUCCGCGGUAGGGGACGACUCCGCGCUGAUCGACGCCAGCUCCCGGUUGGCCCCGGACCGCGCGUCCGAGUCGGUCGCGCGGCCGGCGACGCUGAAACGCGCAAAGAGUGACUAUGGGCCCCGCAUCGAGUUUGACCGAUCGAACGUGGGAGACGAGGACGAGGACUUUGCGAUGAGACAUGGGUGGCAGGAAGAGUAUACGUCGAGCGAAUACCUGAAGAUUUUGCACUCGAACUUUUACAUGUACUUCACCGAGAAGCGCCACGAGACGAAUGGCAUCCCGAGGGACCCCGUCGGGAGUUGGCCCAGCCAAGACUGGCGCAUGAAGGACCGCUUGAAAACGGUGUCGGCGGCGUUGGCCAUCUGCCUGAACAUCGGUGUCGAUCCGCCGGAUGUGGUCAAGACCAACCCGGCGGCGAAGCUAGAGUGCUGGGUCGAUCCGACGUCCACCACCGGCGGCGGGCAGAACAAGAUCAUGGAACAGAUCGGGAAGAAGCUACAGGAACAAUACGAGACUCUCAGCUUGAGGACGAGAUACAAGCAGUACCUCGAUCCAUCCGUGGACGAAACGAAGAAGUUUUGCAUAUCCCUGCGUCGCAACGCCAAAGACGAGCGGGUGCUCUUCCACUACAACGGCCACGGUGUGCCCCUACCCACCCAGUCGGGCGAAAUCUGGGUGUUCAACAAGAACUAUACCCAGUACAUCCCCGUGUCGCUGUAUGACCUCCAAUCGUGGCUCGCGGGGCCCAGUCUUUUCGUCUUCGACGUUUCCCACGCGGGCAACAUCGUGCAAAACUUCCAUACCUUUGUGGAGAAGCACCAAAAGGAAAACGGCGAGGCGAAGAAGCGGGACCCGAAUGCCCUGGUCCAAAGCUACGGCGACUGCAUCAUCCUCGCCGCCUGCCAGAAGGGCGAAUCGCUGCCCACAAACCCGGAUCUGCCUGCGGAUCUCUUCACGUGUUGUUUGACCACCCCAAUCGAGAUCGCAUUGCGCUUCUUUAUCCUCCAGAAUCCUCUCCAAUCGCACCUCUCAAUCGACGACUUCCGCGUCCCCGGUCGCCUGCAAGACCGCCGCAGCCCGCUUGGGGAGCUCAACUGGAUCUUCACGGCCAUCACGGACACCAUCGCGUGGAAUACGUUGCCCCGGGCUCUGUUCAAGAAGCUGUUCCGCCAGGACUUGAUGGUUGCCGCGCUGUUCAGGAACUUCCUGCUCGCUGAGCGGAUCAUGCGCGCGUACAAGUGCCACCCCAUCUCAUCUCCCGACCUUCCGGAAACCCACCAUCACCCGCUGUGGAAGAGCUGGGACCUGGCCGUGGAGAUGGUCCUGUCUCAGCUUCCGGCCCUGAUCGACCACGAAGAAGGCCGCCGGCAGUACGAGUAUCAGCAUUCGACCUUCUUUGCCGAGCAGCUGACGGCCUUCGAGGUCUACCUGUCGUCCGGCCCGACGGAAAAAAACCCGCCAGACCAACUCCCGAUUGUCCUGCAAGUGCUUCUGAGUCAGGCGCACCGACUGAGGGCGCUCAUCCUGUUGAGUAAAUUCCUGGACCUGGGUCCGUGGGCCGUUCACCUAGCCCUCAGCAUCGGCAUCUUCCCCUAUGUGGUCAAACUUCUCCAGUCAGCCGCCCAGGAACUGAAGCCCGUCAUGGUUUUCAUCUGGGCUCGAAUCAUGGCCGUCGACCAUACGGUACAAAAUGAUCUGCUGAAGGACAACGGGAUCCAUUAUUUCAUCUCCAUCCUCAACCCCUCCUCGCCGAUCCCCGUGGGCAAUGCCAGUGAGCACCGGGCCAUGUGCGCCUUCAUCGUGUCGAUCUUUUGCAAGAACUACCCCCAGGGCCAGAACGUGUGUCUGUCGGCGGAACUCUUCAACUCUUGCCUAAGACACUUGAUGGAUAUGGAGAACCCACUGUUGAGACAGUGGUCUUGUCUCUGCAUUAGCAUGCUUUGGUCAGACUUCCCCGAGGCGAAAUGGAUGGGCAUCCGGUGUGCGGCCCCCGCAAGGCUGUGCGAACUCAACUUCGACCCGGUUCCGGAGGUCCGCGCCGCCAUGUUGCACGCCGUGACGUCGUUCCUCGGCAUCCCCGACCUGACGGACCAGGUGGCCCAGAUUGAAGAAACGCUGGCCUUGGCGGUGCUGCCGAUGGCCGCGGAUGGCAGCGUCCUGGUCAGAAGGGAGCUGCUCGUCUUCCUGUCGACCUUUGUGCGACGGUACCAGAAUAAGUUCCUGGUCACUGCCUACGAAGAGUUCCAGGAUGAGAAGCAGAUCCUUCUCCUGAAACUGAACAAUCUCAACUCUAAGGGGGUGUACUUGGAGGACGUGACAGCUGCCUCUAUAGAGGGAUACAAGGCGCAGACCCUGUCCCGCAAUACCACAUUCGGCACCAUCUGGAAACAACUUCUCAUCCUUUCUGUUGACCCUCAUCCGGACAUCGCACAAGAUGCCUCGUUGGUUGUUGAUUACACCCACCUGACUUUGCUGCAGUCUUCCAUGGCAUCUUUGACCGACGCGAUCCGGAUUGAAAUAAUGGAACUUACGAAUCGGCUCGCCCAGCAUACCCUGGCUCGAGAGAGACCCGAGUCGAGAAGAACGACUGCUCCCCCUCCAACCCCCCCAUCUCUCCCAAAGCAGGAAGGAUACCUCUCUUUGAGUCUCAAACGGACGGCUAGUGUUGCUGCAUCUAUCAAGAACCUCGCCUUCGGCAGUUCUUCCACCCAGAGUGAUUCGCAAUCAUUACAACCCCCAGCAUCUCCAAAGAGCCGGAUGCCCAUGACCCCCAGAGGGCGAGCCCCCCCGGAAUGGACCCGGCCCCCGGAAGUGAACGAUCACGUUGCUCCUACGUCGGCAUACCACAAGGCACCGGCCCCUACAUCCCGAGGAUUCGAGCCCAGAGAGAUGGCUCCCCCAACCGUCCCCCUGGUCAGCAGGUUCUUGGACUGGUCCGCAGAGGUAAUCCCAGACUUGUUCAAUUUGGUUUCAGAGCAACACCGUGUAUUCUAUGCGCAGUUUCUCACCCAUGUCCAGUACUUCCGGGAGCCCCAGAUGAAGCCCAACGAACCCGACGAGCCCGGUAGCGCCGACUACAACGAACGCCUCUGGAGACGGAGCCGCAACGAGAAGAUCAUCACGGAUACCCAGCCCCUCAAGAGUAAAGCGGGCACCAGUCGAUGGGACAACUCCAUGGCUUUGCUUUCGAAUAGUACCCAGCCUUUGAAGAUGUGUUUCCAUCAAUUUGAAGACCACAUCGCUGUUGCAGACGAUCGGGAUACAAUUGCGAUCUGGGAUUUCCAGAGCCACAAACGGCUCAAUCGUUUCUCCAACGGGAACCCACCCGGCUCGAAGAUCAACGAAAUCCGCUAUAUUAACGAGGAUGAUCAGGCAUUGCUAAUGACAGGCUCAUCGGACGGCGUCCUCAAGGUUUUCCGAAACUACGAGUCAACCAAGGAGGUUGAGAUCGUGACAGCAUUCAGAGCCCUCCCCGAACUCAUUCCGAGCAACCGCAAUGCGGGUCUUGUGUUCGACUGGCAGCAAGGCCAGGGUCAAGCGCUCGUCGCCGGAGACGUCAAGGUUAUCCGGGUGUGGAACGCGGCCAAGGAAGUUUGCACCAAUGACAUCCCAGCCCGGUCAGGUUCCUGCAUCACCUCAUUAACCUCCGAUCAAGUCGCGGGGAAUAUCUUCGUAGCUGGAUUCGGAGACGGAGCAGUGCGCGUCUUCGACCAACGUCUCAAGCCCACGACCUCCAUGGUCAAGGUAUGGCGAGACCACAAGCAAUGGGUCACUAACGUGCACAUGCAACGAGGCGGCCUGCGCGAGCUAGUAUCAGGUAGUCGAAACGGCGAGAUCAGACUUUGGGAUCUCCGAAUGCACGAUCCGAUUUCCACCAUCCACGCCACGAGAGAUACUCUGCGCACGUUGAGCGUCCACGAACACGCCCCUGUCUUCAUGGUUGGCACAAACAGACACGAAGUCAAGACCUUCAACGUCGGAGGCAACCACCUCUCGACCUUCGAACCCUACUCCAGCUUCCUCCACCAUAACCGUUCCUCCCCGAUAGCCAGUACCGCGUUCCACCCGCACCGCACUAUCUUUGCCUGCGCAGCCCUUAAUGAUAACCAUAUCAACUUGGUGACUUGCUAG